UAUCUGAAGCUGCUGUGUCUUGUCAGGCAGCAACUGGAAGAGAUCCGCCUUAAGCAGGAACAGCAGGAGACCUCAGGCAAUAAGAGACGAAAGGAGAACAAGGACCAGAACCAGGGUGAAUCAGCAGGGGAGAAAAGCCAAUCCAGGGCCCGGCUCCAGGGCUUUUCCACGCACUUGGCUUUCAGGAAACGGAACCGGGAGAAAGAGCUGCCACCAGUACACCUGGACACUAUGCAGCCGCAAGAAAUUGUGGAAGAGGAGGAGCUAGAGCGGAUGAAAGCCCUGCUACAGAGGGAAAAUCUCAUCCGAAGUCUGGGUAUUGUACAGCAGCUCACUCGCGUGCUGCACCCCAGCCACCGGGGCCAGAAAAAACUUCACGAGUAUCGGGUGAGGGUCCCUGUGCAGCCUCGUACAGAACAAGGGAACAAGGGCUAUACCAGCACAUGGUGGUGGCCACAGCCAAGGAGGCUAAUGUGAUGGUACCUGGCAGUGGAGCCUGGGAAAGCAGUGUGUGCUGGGCCUUGGGAGAGGGUCUGUUGGCUCCUUUUGUCUGUUCCCAAGCUCCCUUGUUUCUAAGUAAUGACACCUGGCAAAGUGCAGCUCUCAACCGUCUCACUUACAAGAGACUUGUUCUCUAUAUUCCUGUUUUGCAAUAACCCCAAACUCAUGACUGACAAACAAGGCCACCACCCUCGGUGCCUUCUGUGUAAUCUCUCCCUAGCACUGCCAGUGCGGUGGCUCUAAUGGGAGAUAAGUAAACAGUCUUAGGCCAACAAAACAGCUGCUGAAUUCACUAUUCCCUGGGCUGGUAGCAAACCUGUUGGGUUCUCUGUUUUUGUGGAACCCCAAAGGAAUAACUGGCCAAGUAGUGGCACGGCCUAGAAGAGAUUUUUCAGUUAUUUAUUUUCUUCCACCACUCCAUCCAGCCUCACAAGAAAUGUGGUAAGGGGCUGCUCUUCUCCUCUAGCCUAGAUGUCACCAGGCCAGGCUGGGCACUCAAGAACUGCAAUCUGUGAGUCUGGUCCCAUUGGUCCUCCUGAGAAGGGCCACCAAAGAGCAGGGUUCUCAUUUCCUGCAUCCAGUUCGGCCCCACAGAUUGAUCUUAGGGCCACUGCCAAGCAUGAAUGCUGCAAUUCCGCAUCAUUCCUGGUUUCAUCUGCAACCCAAGAACUUCAACUGGAUGAGAGAUCCAGCAGCCAUUGGUCCCUGUUCAGUAUCAAUGACGACAUCUGGAAGGCGCUAUUUUUCCAGCACCAGAGUCAGGCUCACAAGCCGUAAGUAUGCAAAACUAGCUUUGGUCACUCUGACUUGUUGAACUUCCCACUGGCAAAUAUUGCAGCUGGGAUACUCCUGAAAUAAUGUAUGGCACUUCCCGCAGUGUGGGGAAUGGGGGAGGUAGUGGACCCAUUUAUUUACCUCCUCCUGUGUACUAGACCCUGGCUAUAGCAAUGGCAGAAAUACAGUCUCAGCACUCAACAAAACUAACAGGGAUAUGGACAAGUACACACACCAAUUACAAUGUGGUAAGGACGCUGGAGGGAACAUGGGAUGCCAUUCCUCUGUACUGGUAACUGGGCAACAGUUGGGAAAGUGGUGAGCAAAUCUCUUCUGUGAAUACCAGCUCAGGGGGACCCAUGUUUCUGCUGCAGAAGGCCAAGCCAGCAGACGGCUGGAAGCCAUAAAUCGAGCUCUGGUAGGACCAGUGCCACCCUCUUUAACCCCAAGCCAGGGCUAUCUUCUGCAAUGGGAAAGAGUGGUAAGUAGCUGAUGAACUAAAUGCACCUUGCCCUCAAUGCUAGACUCUGAACACAGAGCAGCCACGGCCCAGGAUCUCACCCUCUGCCCUGCCUCUGCAUCCCUGCUGCAGCAUACCCCCGCGCUCUUCGACAUCAGGCACCACAGGUAAACGCAGGAAGCCCAGCACUGGAGCUCUCCUGGAGGAAUCCCUCAGGUUUCCAAAGGGGCAAAAGGUCUUCAAUCUUUGUUACACAAAGACUGCCACCAAACUUGUCUGAAAAGCGCUGGCCAGGAACCCUGUUUGCUUAAUGCAAAACACAGACGCCAAGAAUUCUUCAGCACCCUAGAUUAUUUUCGGAUCGGUAGACUAAACGAUGCAGAGGAGCCCGGGCCAGCCAUGGGCUCAUCUCCGUCCUUCAAACAUUAGCCUAGAUUUACCGCUGGGGGAUGGGUCUGAACCCUGGGUGCGGCCGGGAGCUGGAGAGCAUCGCGGCAACAAGAAGCCCCUUUCCCAGAGGAGCUGAAUGUCCAAGACACCGGGCUGUCACCGUCAGAGGACCGCCGAGGGGUUGCCCUUUCCGUCGCCGUGGCGGAGCCAAGCCGACCUGGGCAGCCGUUGGGGCAGAGGUGCAGCUCUUGACAAGUGAACUCGUCUUUUUAUUAAAGUUUAUGCAGUUUUGCAAGAGCGUCUUCUACCUCAUUCCAGCCCUAGAAUUUCAGAGAGGCCAUUUCCAUAAUUAAACCGGGAAGGGUGAGCCGCUUAGCGGUUCUAACCCAGAAGCCGCGCCUCAGCCGGAAGCGGGAAAGACGCGAGGCCACCCCAGCUUCCGGCCCCCCCAGCCACUUCCGGUACCGUCCGGGCCACUUCCGAUCCCGCCCUGGCUUCCGGUACUGCGCCUCAGGAGUAGAGUGUUCCUGGCAACAUGGCGGUUGCUCUGAACCUGUGGCUGGGCAGGCGUGUCUGUGCAGUGGUCGCUCGCUGUGGGUUUGCUUCCCGGGGGGUGACGACCCCGGGCUGUACCAGUCGCGAGCCAGACCCUGAUUCCGAUUGGGAGCCGGAGGAGCGGGAGCUGCAGGAGGUGGAGAGCGCCCUGAAGCGACAGAAAAAAGCCAUCAGGUUCCAGAAAAUUCGGAGGCAAAUGGAGGCGCCAGGUGCCCCGCCCAGGACCCUGACGAGGGAAGCCAUGGAGCAGAUUCGGUAUUUACAUAAGGAAUUUGCAGCAUCUUGGUCAGUUCCCAGAUUGGCUGAAGGCUUUGAUGUCAGCACUGAUGUGAUCCGAAGGGUUUUAAAAAGCAAGUUUGUGCCCACGUUGAAGCAGAAACUGAAGCAGGAUCAAAAAGUUCUUAAGAAUGUUGGGCUGUCCCGCUCAUUCCAGCAGCUCCCAGACUCUGGGGAUGCCUGGAAACCACUCUCUGCAGGCCCUUCCAUGUCAGGUUCUUCACUGAUGCCAGGGGAAGAAACAUCAUCCAAAGGCCACAGUCAGACCACAGCUCUGAAAGUGAUAGAACUGAAUACUUACAGUACAGAUACACCAAGGAGACAGAAGGGAAGGAAUAAAGGAAUCCAGGGCCUCAAGGAGGAAAAGAACUUUGUACCCAUUGCCACAGACCUGGGUCAUCCAAGAGAGCUGCAGAAGUCCUCCACCAGCGAUGGUGAGGGCACCAGAGGGACCCACAGAGAUGGAUUGCCGAAUGGCAAGGAACUGAAAGAGUGGGAGGCGGAGGAGUCAGGUGACCAGAACUUCAGCAACAAAGUUGUGCAGAGGGGCCGAGAGUUCUUUGACAGCAAUGGGAACUUCCUAUACAGAAUCUGAGCUGGGGCUUGGCCACAUGAAACACAGCCGGGCGAGUGUAUUCGGGGCUGCCUGGUUUUCUCUGUGUGGAUUAUUCACCUUGGAAGGAGGGCAAAUGAUGAGCCUGGAAUGUGGGAUGAAAGAGUUGCGUGGACUUGAAUCUGACAGGACAGAGUACUUCAUGGGGCAGAUAUGUAUGGGAGCAGGGUGUGUGCCUGGCUGAGGGGGGAUUCACGCCUUCGGGAGCACUUCAGGACUCACCCUCCUUUCUUGGGCUCUCUAAACCAGCCUGUGUUGCUUGUGUUGUUACAAGUUCCCGUGUUACUUGCAAUAUACGUUCAGGAGGAAAUGAAAGAUUUGCUUUCUCAUCUCAUUUCCUUUUUUUUUUUGGCCGCACACAUGGCAUGUGGAAGUUCCCAGGCCAAAGAAUGAACCCCUACCACAGCAGUGACCUGAGCCACUGCAGUGACAACGCCGGAUCCUUACCCUCUGAGCCACACAGGAACUCCUCAUUUACUUCUUGAUUAAUGAGCACUAACAGUUCUGGAACUGCUUAGUCAGUUGACUGUCUUCAUUAUGUACAAAAUAAAGUAAAACUUAGCAGUC